AUGGCUAUGAAACAACAAUCAACCCCCUUUCAGCUACGUAACCCUUACCGACUGGACAGGCCCAAUUUCGAUGCUCUCGACGUGGUAGAGACAGCCCUUGCAGAGGAGGAGGAGGCCCACAGACUGUAUCUUUUGCAGCAACAAUAUCAUAGCAACAGCGCCACCGCCACAGUCUCAACAGUCCAAAGACCCCUGCCGCCUCAACCCACUGUGCAACAACAACAGCAGCAGAAGCAUUCUUCCUCGACGACUUUUGACGACGACAACAAUCAGCAGCCUGCAUGGAACGGCAUUAACCGCGUAAGCAACAGUAUUAAGCGGAUCAAGGAAUUUCAGCGCAAGAACAGUAUCAAAGACUCGGAAAGACGUCAACUCAAGCAGCAGGCGAAGAAGCAGCAACAACAGCAGCAGCAACAACAACAGCACCAGCAACAGGUAGUAUUGGGCUCAGAAGAGGCACUUCCGGAAUAUCACCCCAGCUACUUCUCCAACUCUUGGCUGCAACCAAAGGGUUCGACUCUGCCCUUGACAAAGCAACAGCAGCAACAGCAAGAGCGAGCGCAACAACAGCCACCGCCACCAAUACCCUCCAUCACCAUCACGCAUCAUAUCGACACCCACUCCGAGCUCACGUUUGAGCGCCACGUUGAAUGGUUGACACAGACGGCCCUAUGGUGGGAUAUGCCUGUGGUCCACCUCUAUCCGGCACCAGAGUCGUCCGCUUCAUUGGAGUAUGUCGAGACCGCUGCGUCUAGGUUUGGAAGCUGGGUCAACUUUGUCAAAAUCCCACCUGGAGAGGAUAGUCAAUUGGGACCUGCCACCUUAGCGAUCAAGUCUGCCAACCGUGGUCGCGUCAAGGGGUCUCGUGCCAAGAUCACAGCAGCAAAGGAGACAACGACAACCCCGGAGGAGGAUGACACGUUGGUCGAGGGAGGAAUGGUGAUGGGACACUCCCGCAAGACUUCGACAUCCAGCGUCGCGUCGCCGUCAAUCUAUAACCCGUCCAGGGAUGUGGACCCUAUGGUGGGGUAUGUCUUUGUCGGUUCUGCAGACGAGCAGGCCCAGUACAGCCAAGUCUUUGAGACGAUGGAGAAACUUUACCCGAUGAUCGAGAUCCGGUACAUCAACUCGUUUGAGCCACAGAAUCUCCAGUCGCGUCAGCAGCAGGAGUUGAGAGAGGAGCCCUGUCUUCACAGUCUGAGCUGGGUUCAUUACUGGAGUGCCGCUAAGGAGUCCCAGGUGUUGCAGAGCAAGAUCGUAAAUGAGGUUGUCCGAGUCCGGCCAAUGUGGGUCAACAACGAGCUCUUGCACCGCAACUACUCCCCUCCUCCUCAGUUCUCAACUCUGCUUUCGACGGCUGUCACUGGACCUGUGGGCGACGACGACAACGUCAUUGCCGAGUGCUUCUCGCCUUGCCCAGAAGCCAUCUCUCCUUCGCCUAGCGUCUACAUUGGCAGCAAUGGAGAUAGCGAUGGCAACGAGAACAGCGGCUGCGAGCAAAGCCUUGAGGAAGCUUUGAGAGGAGUUCCGUCGAGCGUGUCGAUCGAGACUUUAGUCCUCGAGUCUGAUUCAGCAGUGAUCGAUGAGCCCAGAACACCGCGAGACAACAGGUCUGACUACAACCAGGAGACAACCGCUGACCUCAACACGGUUGAACUCGAUCUCCACGGGCUCUCCAAGCGCCGACCGACUCUCAGUCGCACACAGAGUUCACACGACAUUCGCCAUGACGGGGGCUACUCCAAAUCGCCUUCUUCAUCCUCCCAUCGACGACCAAAGAAGUCUCGCUCUUCAUCCUCAACAGCAGCAUCAGGACACAAGAACAACAACAACAACAACGAGACGACAGGCUACCGCAGAUCGGUAUCAACCCCUUUGCUCCUCCUUACAAAGGGCACAAGCCUUUCCAGAGCACAAAGCACAACACAGCAGGACUAUCAUCAACAUCAGCUCGACGGGAUGAACUCCAGUCCAGACAACGAUACCAACAUGUCUCCGCCACCAUCCUUGACAACAUCCUAUUCCUCUUCAACAUCCAACCUGUCCUCGUCCACAUCAUCCAUGACGACGGGAAGCAUGGGGUUUGGACACCGUCUUGCAGGGCUUGCUCAACGGUUAGGUGUUUAUAGGGUGAGGGGGUCUGCCCUCAUGGUCGUUGAUCUGUAA